UAUACCUUUCUCUCUCACACCUUCCGUCUCCAUUAUCCUCCAUCUCGUUCUACUUGUACGAUCUUAGCUCCAUUCAGAUAUCCCUCACAGUUAUACGUAAGGUGCGUUUGAGUAUAUAGUGUUUAAAUGAUAUAAACAGUGAUUUUGUGAUAAAAAAAAGGAAAUACAAUGAAAGACAAAAAUGAUGCACAAAAAUCCGACGAAGGUGAAGAUGAAGCAUUAAAUAAUAACAUAGUAGAUAAACAAAAACAUAGAGACGUACAAAACUAUAAGGAAGUACAAAUAAUUCCAAAUAAAUUUAAAGUGAGACUAGAAAAUUCAUUUACGAAUAUAUUUUUUCUCGUUUGUAUAACUGGCAUCUCGUUGGGCAUACUGUUAGAGAUCGUCAACGUUGUCAGACGGAAUCACAAGCCAGAGGCCGAAGUUGUAGCAAAAAGUCUUAGUCCAAAAUAUUGGGUUUACCCAAACACUACAGGCGUGAACAGUAGAGAUGGUUUUCUGAAGCACGUGCAUUUGGUACUGGAAAGAGUGGGGUACGAGAAAACUACAAACGAAACCCCCUGGGACUUAUUAUGGUCAUACCCCACCCCAUUUAACGACAUCAAUCUAAAAAAACUAAACGCCAAUCAGAAAGUUAACCAUUUUCCUGGCACAGGCUACAUCACAUGCAAAGUCGAGCUAGCGACAUCGAAAUCAGAGUUUAUACCAAAAGCUUUCAGACUACCAAAAGAAAAAGCUGAGUUUUUAAAAUAUGCCGAGAAAAAUAAAGAUGCAUUAUUUGUACAAAAACACAAUAUGCACAGAAAUGUUUACUUAAAGAAAGUGAGUGAAAUUGAUUUGACUAAUGAGACGACUUUCGUUCAAGAAUUUGUUCAGAGACCGUUCUUAGUGGACGGCCAUAAGUUCGACAUUGGCGUGUAUGUUGUGCUUGAGUCUGUGAACCCGCUAAGGGUGUAUUGGUACAAAGGCGAUGUACUAUUCAGAUACUGUCCGACGAAGUACUACCCGUUUGAUCCAAAUAAUUUGGAUAAGUAUGUGAUAGGUGACGACUACUUGCCUACCUGGGAGGUGCCCUCUCUGACGCACCCUUACACCGCACUAGGCAAUACUAUGAAGGAAGCCUUUGACAUCUACGCCAGAUCCGUGGGAAAGGAUACUACCAAAAUGUGGCAGGAUGUCCAGGCAGCUAUAGCCGAGAUAUUUAUUAUGAAGGAAUCGAUAAUCGCUGACAAGUUCAAGGCAUACUCUUCACCGGAGAACUUCUUCGAAAUGAUGAGGUUCGAUUUGAUCGUCGAUGAGAAUUUAAAAGUGUACCUCUUGGAGGCCAACAUGGGACCAAACUUAAGUUCCAAACAUUUCCCACCAAACCAGUUACUAUAUGAACAAGUUUUGUACAAUUUGUUCUCGCUGACUGGUGUUGCACAGGCGAAAAUCACUCGCACAGCAGCUGAUAAAGGUGAUUCAAAAGCUGCAGAAGAUAUGUUAUCAGCUGAAAAGAAUAUAGCAGUUUAUGGAGACGAGUGCAGAACUCUAUGUAAAGACAGCUGCGAAGUGUCGGAUCUAUGUCGCCUAUGCAAGCCAUGCCUCACAGCCAAGCUAAAGAAGACCUUGUUGGCUGCAUACAGUGAAUUCUUACAUAGAGGCGACUUCAGAAGGCUGAUUCCACCUCCGAUGGUCCCCAAUAAGGAUUUAAAAGCUCUAUUAGAAGAAGUAAAAGAUCUAUCACUGAACAACAAACUCCUACAUUUGUGGUAUCAGGGAAAGUGUAACCAAGACUCAAUAUGGUGCUCAUAG